UGUUGGCGUAAACAAAACCUCGUGGCCAUUGGGACCCCGCCGCACGGGAGGACAUCAUCUUUGCCUCACCACAGCCUAACUAGCCCCAUAAAACCACCCAUCCUUGCCUCAAAGCUGGGAAAGGAGAGAGGAAACUGAUUACGGGAUAUAAAGCUGCUGGUAGGUCUUCCUCUGGUGUCUGCAGACCUUAGCCUCAUCCAAGAGGCGUAGCUGUAGGCCCACCAGUCGUGCUUCCUCAUGUAGAAGGUUGAUGAGCAAGUACAUUGGAAGAGAGGUCUUGGCUGCAUGGCGAUUCAGCCAGAUCGGCCAGACUAUCCUGAGCAGACCAGACUUCCGGCAGUAGACCACACCAGAACACAAGAUGCCUAAAUCCAAGCGUGACAAGAAGAUUUCCUUAACUCAGACAAGAAAGAAAGGACUUGAGUUUAAACAAAACCUGGUUGAAGAGAUACGAAAAUGUGUUGACCUCUAUGCAAGAGUGUUCGUCUUCUCCUCACAGCACAUCAAGACAGAUAAAUUGAAGGAAAUGCGCAUUGAGUGGGGACACAGCAGAUUCUUCUUGGGCAAAAACAAGGUAAUGGCCCUUGCUCUGGGGCGCACCCCAGAAGAAGAGCUUCAAGACAACCUGCACAAGUUAUCCCAGCGGCUGGUGGGCCAGUGUGGACUGCUCUUCACCAAUGCCACGAAGCAGGAGGUUGUGGAGUACUUCGAGAACAAAAGAUACCCGGUUCCCCCCCAUGCCGGCGACAUAGCAACUGAAACCGUGGAGUUGAAGCAAGGACUCCUCCCCCAGUUCUCCCAUGCCAUCGAGCCCCACCUGCGCAAACUAGGGUUGCCCACCAGGCUGGAGCGUGGUGUGCCAGAGCUCCUCCAAGACUUUGUGGUGUGUGAGGAAGGCCGACCACUCGCCCCUGCUCAGGCCAGCAUAUUGAAACUGCUUGGCAAGGAGAUGGCAUUCUUCCAGCUGAAUAUGGAGUGGUGCUGGAACAGACUGGACGGCAAGUUUGAGUGUCUUCUGAAGGAAGACACCAAUGGGAAGGAUUCAGAAAAGGAGGAGGGGGAGGAAGAAGAGGCUGAAGACGACGAAGUUGAGGAGGAAGAAGAGGAAGCAUAGAAGGAUUCUAAUGAUGAUAAUAAAUAGUUUAUUCAUUUAAA